AACUUUAAUGUAGCUAGUUACUAAUUUGGAGGAAGUUUUAAUUGAAGUAAUCAUAAGCCAUGGAAUCAAAUCCUCAGCGACAGACUCGAUCAGUAGGAGCCUCCACCAAUGCCAAACUAGCCAUCGACAAGAGCCAUAAAUUGCUACCCAACAUCGAUUUGACAAGCAUUUUUGUUUGUUCUUCCAAUUUCCUCACAAACCCAUCUUCAAAAUCUUGGUUCGGAGCUGAAAUCUGUUGCUGAUUCCCAGAGAAUCAAGUGAUUCUGAGUUGAGGACGAGGAGAACGAACGAACACCUUCCUGCUUUCUUUCUUUCACUCUCCGAUUUCCCGAUUGGGUGUGGAAAUAAUUGCAGAAAUGGGUGUUUGAUCUUCACUCAACAAAGAUCCAAACGAGCUUGUGAAAGCGAGGACUAAAACGAUUCAGCUAUAGCACGCCUUCCUCUUCUGCACUGUGAAAGGACAUGGGCCUGGCUCUACUCUGUGUAUUGUUUGUUGGGUCUGUGAGAAUUCUGCUAGUUUUUGAUUUUGUGGUUUAAAAGAAACCGACCCCACUUGUGUGAAUUUGCUGUCAAAGCGAUAAGUUGUGUUCAUCUAUCCAAGUAUAUUUUGAUGUUCUUGUUAAACUUCUUGGAUUGCUCUGUUCAUCGAUGCUCCAAGCUGGGGUUUCUGUGAUUUGAAAUUGUAAUCAUUGCCUCUUGGGGAAUCGGCCAAUACCCACCUCGUUUCUCUUGGUGUUGAAUAAGAUUUCAAGUAAAGAUCAGGCAUCCUUGUUAACUAAGAUGAGUUCGAGAGGGGAAAGCGAUGGGGAGUCUGAAAUGAAGGGAAGCAUGUGGGUUUUGGACCAGAAACUCGAUCAACCAAUGGAUGAAGAAGCUGGGAGGCUUAACAAUAUGUACAAAGAAAAGAAAUUCUCGGUAUUGUUGCUUCUUCGACUUGCAUAUCAAAGCCUUGGAGUGGUUUAUGGAGAUUUGGGGACUUCUCCCCUCUACGUUUUUUACAAUACAUUUCCUCAUGGAAUUUCUGAUCCGGAAGAUGUAGUUGGAGCUCUUUCAUUGAUUAUAUACUCUCUCACUCUCAUUCCUCUCAUAAAAUAUGUAUUUAUCGUGUGUAAAGCCAAUGACAAUGGUCAAGGUGGAACAUUUGCUCUCUACUCCUUGCUAUGUCGUCAUGCAAAUGUAAAAACUAUUCCGAACCAACAUCGAAAGGAUGAGGAGCUAACGACAUAUAGCCGCUCUAAGUUUCACGAGCAAUCGUUUGCUGCUAAAACUAAAGGAUGGCUUGAAAGACAAUCAUCCAGGAAGAAUGCGUUGCUCAUUCUUGUUCUUGUUGGCACUUCUAUGGUUGUUGGAGAUGGAAUUCUCACGCCUGCAAUUUCGGUUUUAUCUGCUGCGGGAGGGAUCAAAGUAAACAAACCCCAUGUGAGCAGUGAUGUAGUUGUGCUUGUUGCUGUUGCAAUACUAGUAGGAUUAUUCAGCUUGCAACGCUAUGGUACUGAUAGAGUGGGUUGGCUCUUUGCCCCUGUUGUGCUACUUUGGUUUCUAUUAAUUGGUGGUAUAGGCAUGUUCAACAUCUGGAAAUAUGAUAGAACAAUUCUAAGAGCCUUUUCACCUGUGUAUAUUUAUCGCUAUUUUAAAAGGCGAGGGAUGGACGGUUGGACGUCCCUCGGAGGUGUUCUUCUGAGUAUAACAGGCACAGAGGCUUUAUUUGCGGAUCUAGCUCAUUUUCGUGUAGCUGCUAUACAGAUUGCUUUUACAGUAUUUGUUUUUCCUUGCCUUCUCUUGGCAUAUUCUGGACAAGCUGCCUAUCUUAUGAGCAAUAUGGAGCAUGUCAAUGAUGUCUUCUAUCGUUCAAUCCCAGAGUCCAUAUAUUGGCCAGUGUUUCUUGUGGCAACUGCUGCUGCUAUAGUUGCUAGUCAAGCUACUAUAUCUGCAACAUUUUCAAUAAUCAAGCAGGCUCUUGCUCAUGGCUGCUUUCCAAGGGUUAAAGUUGUUCAUACCUCGAAGAACUUUCUUGGUCAGAUAUAUGUUCCUGAUAUUAACUGGAUCCUCAUGGUUCUUUGCAUUGCUGUGACAGCAGGAUUUAAGAAUCAAAGUCAAAUUGGAAAUGCUUAUGGGACAGCAGUGGUGGUAGUCAUGCUUGUGACCACACUGCUUAUGAUUCUAAUCAUGAUCUUGGUAUGGCGCUGUCAUUGGGUCAUCGCCCUGAUCUUCACCGGUCUGUCGCUAAUCGUGGAGUGCAGUUACUUUUCUGCUGUUCUCUUCAAGGUUGAUCAAGGUGGCUGGGUACCCCUUGUGAUUGCUGCAGCCUUUCUUAUCAUCAUGUAUGUGUGGCAUUAUGGUACUGUUAAACGAUACGAAUUCGAGCUGCACAGUAAAGUUUCAAUGGCAUGGGUUCUCGGUCUUGGUCCGAGUUUAGGAUUAGUCCGUGUUCCUGGAAUUGGACUUGUAUAUACCGAGCUAGCAAGCGGCGUACCUCACAUAUUUUCCCAUUUCAUUACGAAUCUGCCCGCCAUCCAUUCUGUCGUCGUGUUUGUUUGCGUGAAAUACCUUCCAGUCUACACCGUGCCAGAAGAAGAACGAUUCCUGGUAAAGCGGAUAGGACCAAAGAACUUCCACAUGUUUCGUUGUGUCGCGAGAUACGGUUAUAAAGACCUCCACAAAAAGGAUGAUGACUUUGAGAAGAAGCUUUUUGAUAGCAUCUUCCUGUUUGUUAGACUUGAAUCCAUGAUGGAAGGUUGUUCAGACUCUGAUGAGUACAGUUUAUAUGGUCAGCAAACUGAGCAUUCAAGGGAUGGCCUGUUGAUUGGCACCAAUGGAAAUGCAACUACAUCCAAUGGGGACAUGACAUUCUCAUCGGUUGACUCGAUCGUGCCUGUUCGAUCUCCGGUGCGUUCGAAUAACACGGUGAGAUCAUCUGGGCAGGCAAGCAACCAUACGGAUAGCGACGAGAUUGAGUUCUUGAUUAGGUGUAGAGAUGCAGGGGUGGUGCAUAUAUUGGGGAACACUGUAAUUAGAGCAAGAAGGGAAUCAAAAUUCUACAAGAAGAUAGCUGUGGAUUAUAUAUAUGCAUUUCUUAGAAAGAUUUGCAGGGAGAACAGUGUGAUUUUCAAUGUUCCUCAUGAGAGUUUAUUAAACGUUGGCCAAAUUUUCUAUGUAUAGUUCAUUUAAUUUAGUGAUGGAAUAGAGAGAGAAUCAAAUCUGUUUCUAUAUACUUUCAAAAGCUUUAAUUUAGCAUCAUAUUUAUUUUUA